CCGAGCGCGCCUUCCCGAAUUUUGUUUGUUGCCCCAUCACAGAACUGAAACCGUUCGUUGGCAACUGUGGCUACUCAUUGCGCUGUGAGCUGAUCGGGAAAAAUCUGGCCUCCAAUAUAGUUCUCAGUAGGCAAUGGGCAAACAGUUGAUGUUUGUCACUUUGUAGAUCAGUUUUCCAAGCGUGUCUGUGCCAGUAAUUUGCCAAUAACGCUCCAAUUCGAAGAAAACGAUCGACGGACAGGACUGGAAGGUUUGGUGACACAGGUGCCGAGUUCAUUGCGGGUGAUCAGAAAGUACAAUGGCGACAAACAACGUUAAGCUGCCGGAUUUGAUCCACAAAUGGAUCGAGGUGCAGAAAAAGGUUACCGAAUUGGAACGAACAAAGCCACUCGAUAUUGACGCAAUCAACCUGACACUGUUGCUGAAAUCGAUGGGCCUGCGGUUGCAGUAUCUGGACUUUGAGACGGAAAAAAGCAACACCGACAAUCUGACGAUCACCGUCAAAUGCAACCGAUCCGGCAUGAGGGCGGAGCUGAGCUACGAGCUGCUGCGCUGUAGCUGCCCGGAAAAGUCCGACCGGGAAAGCUCGUUCUGGGAGGUGCAAGGAACGGGACCGACGGUGUUUUCCAAGUUUAAGAAUAAUGCUUCCUCGAACCUGCUGCCGGACGUGUCGGAAAGCUGUGCACUCGUGUCGAAAGCGAUGCUCUCGAAUCUGUUGGACUUUUACGAGGCCAGCAUUCGGGAGGUGAAGGAAGGCAAGGAGCAGGCAAUGUUACACUCACCGCUGAAAUCACCCCGACCGAAGGUGAGCGUCAUAAGUCCGGGAUUGACGAUGAAGAAGCCUUUUUCGACACCACCGGCCGAAGGGAAAUGCUCAUUGCGUAUCGACGUGGCGGCGGCACCGGGUGCAAGCGAUGCACCGGAGGAACAGAUUAUCAAAGGAGAAGACCCUGGAAAGGAUGAAACAAUUCCGAACAGUUCACCGAUGCUUGCUCGUCAAGGUAUCGGGAAUGAAACGAAAUCCAAUACAUCCUCCGAGAGUGUGGGAAUAAACAACAAAACGCACGAGCUGCCGAAUUCUGAGUAUCCCGUAAACAAACCGGUGAUCGAUGCCGUCCUAAGCCCUGCGCAUACCAGCGUAGCAGACGAAAAUGCGUACGAAGCUAUGAAAACGCUCGUCACCUCCAGCCCAAAUGAGAAACCCGUCGAUACGGCGGUCAACACCCAGCACGAUCGUGAUCUGAACGUGAUUAGCUAUCUGCAGGAAGCACGCAUCCAGAUCGAUAUGGCUCUAAUGCUGAUGAAAGUCAAUACCGCGCAGGAUGUUACGGACGGGUUCGUAGGCCCUAUCACACCCCAGCAUGCAACGGCCAUUUCGCGAAAAUCGCUCGUUUCCACCCCAAGAUUUGCGCCACCCCGUUCCAACUCGUUGCUAAGCAUCGAACGAAGGCGUCCGACGAGUGGAGGUGAUGUUGGGGCUGUGAAGAAAACAACCUCCGCAUCCUCGCUACAGUCCACCUCUCGAUUGUCGAUCGGAAGUGUUGCAGGACGAGCUGACACGCCGAGACCGUCCGUGGCGCAAGUAAAAUCGGUUGCUGCACUACGGAAACCCGGUGGCAUGAGACCGCCAGGUACACCCCAAGCACAGCAGCCAUCGGUUGGUUUGAAGAAACCACCCACCACUGGUUCUAUUGCAUUGCUGUCCGGCCAAAGAAAAUUGUUGCCUCCGAGCGGCACUCCUCCAUCGAUCGGAAGAAAUAUUCUCAAACCGGCGGCAGCUGGUGGCCGUCUGCCGUCCGGGAGCGGCCUCAUUCAACGAUCAUCGAGUGCGUCGCAUAUAAGCAAAAAAUAGACCAAUCGUUAAUGUAUGCUUCAACUAAUCAUCAUCUAAUCGUACGCAGGGCGCAUAGCUUGUUUAUAUUGCAUGAAAAAUCGUAUGAAAAUGGUUGCUUUUCGAUUGUGCCAAAUAUAUUGUUUUGUUUUGUCCAAAGAAAA